AUGUAUUGGAACCUUGAGCGGAUAGCCAUGCAUCUUCCGGAGUCGAUAUCCAAGUCGAUGUCUGAGUCGAUAAAGGAGGAGUCACGGAAGAACAUAUAUCUCAAUAUCUCAAACGAGUGGCACCCGGUAAACAUCUGUGUCCUCCGGCAGAAACGCUUCAGGGCCGACAAGGAUGGCAACGAUUGGGUGGAUUCUAUUAAGAAUAUCAGGUAUGACAGGAACGAAGAAAGACCGUACAAGGAACAGACAGAGGAGGAAAAGAAACUGAGGCUUCGUGACUACGUCAUAUGCGAUCCCGUGGACGGCGAAGCGGAACUCUACGCCAGGUGUCUAUCUGAUCUGCAAGACAAGAAUCCUGCUAAGGAGAUGUUUUCGGAAGAUGGCAAACACUUGCUUCCAAAGUACAUUGGUAAAGGAAAGAAGGUGCCCGGAUCGGAAUAA